UUCCAUUUUUGAAAUGAACAGACAACCCAAUCCACGCUUUGCUAGGUCCAUGAGGCCUUGAGGGCUUAAACCCCCCACGUACUUUGUCCCUCCGGCGAGCAAAACUCCGCGAAAUAACGAAGACCAAACGGAUAGAAGAACCUGGUAAAGCUCAAUAAGCCACUCCAGCAGCCCAAACAAAAAAACCCAGUUCCUAACUUGCCAAAGAGUCUUUGUGAUGCAGAGCAGCUGAUGAGGUGCUCAACAUAAAGAAGAAGAAGAAGAAGAAGAUGACUAUCCUUCUUCACCCCUGUAAGUCUUUCGGCUUUCCAAACUCAUUACUUACGCUUAACAAUUUCAAUAUCGUUCACAACAGACUUCAAAGUUCAACUUUUUCUAGCAUCCCCAAACGCUCAGUUUCAAAACCCUCUCCUUUUAGUCCAUUUUCCUCUUCUGGGUCGUCUUCAAGCUUCAAUUUUGCUUCGAAUUUGCCAACUUUGGGAAGUACUCUGUCUACCUUUUGCUCUAGGAACGAGGCUUUUGAUGGUUUUUCGAGUGCCCAUUUGUCUUAUAAGUCUGAAGAGGAUGGAAUUGUAGAGAAUGAAGAGCUUGGAUUGCUAAAUAAGCCAUCUCCCUUACCUUUUGAAAACGGGUCUGUUUCAGAAGUAGAUAGUGAAGAACUUGAUAAAGACAAGGCUUUGGAGCCUUUUUUGAAGUUUUUUAAGCCUAGAGAUUCUGUGGAGGAUGUGGAAGAGGAAAAGGAGGAAAGUGAAUUAGAAAUUCCCGAGGGAAAAAGUGAUAUGGAUGACAAGAACGAGGAAGCUAAGAAGGUUCAUGUAGAGUAUUAUGAGCCGAAACCGGGUGAUUUUGUGGUAGGUGUUGUUGUUUCUGGGAAUGAGAAUAAACUUGAUGUGAAUGUUGGGGCUGACUUAUUGGGUACAAUGUUAACUAAGGAGGUUCUACCUUUGUAUGGCAAAGAAUUGGAAUUCAUAUUAUGUGAUAUGAAUAAGAAUGCUGAGGAAUUUCUGGUUCCGGGAAAAAUGGGAAUUGUGAAAAAUGAUGAAGCUCUAACUGGGGUACCAUUGCCAGGGAGGCCUGUAGUGGAGACUGGAACCGUUUUAUUUGCUGAGGUUCUUGGUAGGACACUUAGUGGCCGACCAUUGCUUUCUACAAGACGGCUCUUCCGGAGGAUUGCUUGGCAUCGAGUGAGGCAGAUAAAACAACUUAAUGAACCAAUUGAGGUUAGAAUUACAGAGUGGAAUACUGGGGGCCUUCUCACAAGAAUUGAGGGCUUGCGAGCUUUUCUUCCAAAAGCUGAAUUAUUGAAUAGAGUGAACAACUUUACUGAGUUGAAGGAAAAUGUGGGGCGCAAGAUGUAUGUGCAGAUUACACGAAUAGAUGAAACUAAGAAUGAUUUGAUACUGAGUGAGAAGGAAGCUUGGGAAAUGUUACAUCUUAGAGAAGGAACACUUUUAGAUGGAACGGUUAAGAGAAUUUUUCCAUAUGGAGCACAGAUAAGGAUAGCUGACACAAACAGAAGUGGCCUGGUGCAUAUUUCAAACAUCACACGAGCCCGAAUUACUUCUGUCAGUGACAUGCUUGCGGUUGAUGAGAAGGUUAAGGUUCUAGUUGUGAAGUCAAUGUUUCCGGACAAAAUCUCUCUCAGUAUUGCAGACCUGGAAAGUGAGCCUGGCCUCUUUAUAUCAGACAAGGAGAGAGUAUUUUCUGAGGCUGAAAUGAUGGCAAAGAAAUACAGGCAAAAGCUACCUGCUAUUUUAGGCACUCGCAGGUCAGAACCCUCUCCAGGCAAUGCUCUAAAUUUUGAUAAUGAGGCAACCAUGUAUGCAAAUUGGAGGUGGUUCAAAUUUGAAAGAGAAAGUGAACCAAACUGAUCUUGAGGCUGCUAUAUAGUAAAUUUAGGAAAGGGGGGACAUAAAGCCUUUGCAUCCUCCCCAUAGCCACAUGCCUUGUGAAGAAAGAGGAAAGGUCAUUUCUUUUCAUAUGUUGCAUUUAGUUCAUUGGGUCAUUUUAAAAUCCAUAAAAACUGAGAGCAUGAGAGAAUAUAAGAUGAUCAUACACAGAAGAAAACUUGACACCCCUAGUUUUAAUAUUAAACCGAAAUGCAAAACCAUAUUUUCUUCUUUUAGCAGAUUUAACAGUCACAUAUUUAUGAUGGAAAUGUCCUAAUCCUUUAGUUUUGUUUUAGGCUUCUUUUCUCUUCUUGUAAUGUUUUGUUUACACCGUUAGCUUGUUGCACAUGGACGAAAUGGUAGCUAUAUGACCACCAUCUUGAUUUUUAUUUAAAAACUCAGAAUGAAUUAUCA